UGCUCUUUCGUCAUUUGUUGACAGCACUCAAGCUCUUGUACGUCGUGUAUCAAAGGAAAUAGUGAUGAGCAACACAAGAAUCCAUUACGUUUUUCUGCUUCUUGUUAUUUCUCGUUGUUGUCAAACGAAAGAAACGCUCUACAUUGGUGGGUUGUUUGGUAUCGAUGCUAGUCGUGGUGGAUGGAAUUCGGCUGGAAUCAUCCCCGCUGUUCAAAUGGCCAUUGACGAAAUAAACAACAGCUCCGGUAUCCUAAAGGAUUACCAUUUAGAACUUUUGAUAAAGGAUUCUCAGUGCAACGUUGGUGAAGCUGUCCGAAGAACCUUGGAAUAUAUUUCAUCCGGGAAACCAAAACUUAUGUUCUUGGGUCCCGGAUGUUCCAAAGCAGCAUUACCGGUGGCAGAGGCUAUUCAUUACUGGAAUGUUGUGCAGAUUGGCUUCUCGAACUCCUCACCUCUACUCUCCUCAAAAUCGGUCUAUCCUCUUUACUUCCGGAUAAAUCCGUCAGAGAAAUUUUCCAACUUGGGGCGAAUUGCGAUUUUGCGGCGGUUCAAGUGGAACAAAGUUGCCAUCUUACAACAAAACAACGACGUCUUCACGGGAAUCAGCAAUUCUCUGGUUGACUUGCUAAAGGCUGCUAAUUUCACUGUCCUUGCUUACGAGAGUUACAAAGAUCAUCCAAAGUUUGCAAUAGAAAACCUUAAGAAAAAAGAUGCUCGUAUCAUAUUUGCAUUUUUCUACCCAGAUCAACAUUACGUCAACUUUUGUGAGGCGUUCAAGCAAGGUAUGUAUGGGCCCAAGUAUGUGUGGAUUUUGAUCUCAGGGCGGAAUCAGGACAACUGGUGGAAACUACAGAGUCCCCUUGUUGACUGCACGCCAGAACAAGUUCGAAAAGGACUAAGUAACAACAUCGGAACUGGAGAAUUGAAAAUCAGUCCAAUAGCGGGACCAACUAAAUUUGGCAAGACACCUCAAGAGCUCUACAGCAAUUAUCUUGUACGUCUGAACGCGUCUGGAUACCAAGAAAACACGUUUGCUUCCUACGGAUAUGACGCCGCCUGGACAUGCGCACUGACACUCAACGCUUCUAUUGAUAUCUUGGAGCAGCAGAAUUUAACAUUGAAUGACUUUAAUUACAGUCGGUCUAACGUGAGGAAAGUAUUUGUCGACAUUAUGAAGAGAAUUUCAUUUGCUGGAAUGUCGGGUCAAGUAAAAUUUGACAGCAAUCACGACCGGAUAACCAAACUUGAGGUCCGACAGAUACAAGAGAACACCGAGAGGAGGGUUGCAUUCUAUGACAUGGAGAAUGAUGCUUUAGAAGAGGAUGGCACGAGCAAUUACAAGUGGGACGGUGGCAAAGUUCCCGUCGAUGGACUGAGAAUACAAGAAAAGUUUGAAGGAGUCCAUUCAGCGAUACUUUGGUUUGUCUUCGCUGUUUCUAGUCUUGGCAUUCUGAUGGCCAUCGGUUUUCUCACAUUCAAUAUCUACAAUCAGAAUAUUAGAUAUAUCAAAAUGUCGUCACCUAACCUAAACAACUUGAUUAUAAUCGGUUGCAUACUUGUUUACAUCGCGGGUAUACUGUUUGGUUUGAAAAAGGAGGGCGAUAGCAUUUUAUGCCAGCUGGAAUUAUGGAUUGUGGCCAUUGGAUUUAGUCUGGGUUUUGGAGCAAUGUUCAGCAAGACCUGGAGAGUUCACGUGAUAUUUCUAAAUACUAACAAUACGAAAAGGGUUAUCAUCAGGGACCGCCAGUUGUUUGGUAUGGUUGCUGCUCUUCUGUUGAUUGACUUCAUAAUUCUCCUUACGUGGCAGUUGGUCGAUCCAUUGACAAGUAAAACCGAAUAUAUGACGCUGAAGGUGUCAAUUGAAGAUGACACUGGAAUACAGCCCUAUGUCACAAUGUGCAGCUGCAAACAUAUGACAAUAUGGCAGGCCUGCAUGUAUGGAUACAAAGGUCUGUUGUUAGUAUUCGGCGCUUAUUUGGCAUGGGAAACUCGUAAAGUGCAUAUUUCUGCACUGAAUGACAGCAAGUUGAUUGGUUUAUCGGUUUACAACGUCAUUAUUCCCUGUAUUCUUGUGAUUCCUAUCCUCGGUAUUGUCUUUGACCAACCCACAGUCCAGUUUGCUCUAACAUCAUUCCUCACGAUAUUUUGCACCACGUUUACACUCUGUUUCGUUUUUGUUCCGAAGAUAUUGUUUUUGAGAAAUGAAGACGGCAACACAAUUCCAACCGGGUCUGGUUCCACCAUUGAAGCUGCCAACUCGUCAUCAAAGCGGGUGGAACCGAAAGAGGUCAGAAAAGUACCAGAAGAGAACACAAGUGGACACAGGUCAUAAUUCAUUUACCUUAUUUGAAAAGCAACAACAACAACCCGAUAGCAACACCAAGGAAAAAAUAUUUUGCUAUGGAGCAACAAAAAUAUACAAGACUAAUAUCUAGUGAUCAAAAACCUAAAGCUAGAUGAGAUUCCAUUAAACUCCUCAAAGGGAUGUUAUACUCGCUUCCAGUAGCCAUUCCAGUUGUACGAUGCAUUGUAUCUAGAAAACAAAGAGAAAACAAGGAGAAUUUUACGGGGUGCUGACGAGAACUGGAUGCGAAAAAGCACUUUGAAAAGUCACAAUAAACAAAUGUUCACCCUUUCAAAAAUAUAACUGUCAAAUCGUUAAUAAUAAUAAUUAUAAUAAUAAUAAUAAUA